UUCAUUGAAUUAACCCAUAAUGAACCAAAACCCUUAAACCCUGCGUCAGCACCCAGCCUCUUCAACUUCGUUUUCCCAUUUCGCUCUCCGAUUCUCUGAAAAUUGUUAAUGCAAAUGAAGCUUGUACGCCUGCUUACGAUUCUUGGAAGCGUCAGCUCUCAAAUCAGCCAUCGAAACGUUUCGAGUAUUUCUUCAUACUCGAUAGCUACAGGAAACCUAAGAUCGAAGUGGAGACGCCGAAUGUCAAACUCGAUGAACGCUCUUUUCGGUCGGAUCUCGCCGUUGGGAGAUCCAAAGGUCUCCAUUGUUCCGAUACUGGACCAGUGGGUCCAGGAAGGACGAGCCGUAGACAAAGUACAACUCCGAGACUUUAUCAAACGGUUGCGGUCCUUCAGACGAUACACUCACGCUCUGCAGAUGUCUAUGUGGAUGACUGACAAUAGAUACAUUAUCUUUAAUGAGGGUGAUAUGGCCAUUCGGCUGGAUUUGAUCCAUAAAGUUAAGGGGAUAGAGCAAGCAGAAAAUUAUUUUAAUAAUAUUCCAAUUCAGUUAAGGGGCAUUGAGGUUUAUACCUCUCUUCUCAACAGCUAUGUGAAUGAAAAAUCUUUAGAGAAGGCAGAGGCCACCAUGCAGAAAAUGAGGGAUUUGAGGUUGGCUAAAUAUCCUCUGGCUUACAAUUCUUUGCUUAAGCUUUAUUAUCAAAAUGAAAAUUAUGAGAAACUUGACAGUCUGAUGCAUGAAAUGGAAGAUAAAGGCAUUGCUUGUAACAAAGUUACAUUUGGGAUCCGCCUUAGUGCCUAUGCAGCAACUUGUGAUGUUAAAGGAAUUGAGGACACUGUGACACUGAUAGAAUCGGAUUCAAGUGGUGUUUUAGAAUGGGAAACUUACUUUAUUGCAGCUAGUGGGUAUGUAAAAGCUGGGUUUUUGGACAAGGCUUUGUCAAUGCUGAAGAAAGUUGAGGGGCUAAUAACAAAUAAAGCAAGCAGUAAAGCAUAUGAUUAUCUUAUCACACAAUAUGCUGCAUGUGGGAAGAAAGAUGAAGUUUUAAGACUUUGGGAACUCUACAAGAAGAAUAACAAGGUCUUAAAUAGGAGCUAUAUAUGUGUCAUGCCUUCUAUUUUGAAAUUUGAUGACAUAGAAAGCGCAGAAAAGGUUUUGCAGGAGUGGGAAUCCCAAUGUGAACACUAUGAUAUUCGGAUUCCUAACUUCUUGAUUGCCGCUUAUUGCAGGAAAGGGCUUUUGCAGAAAGCUGAAACUCUUAUAAACAGGGCUACAUUGAAGGGGGGAAAGCCUGAUGCCUGGACUUGGUUUUAUAUUGUUACUGCAUAUCUGAGGGAUAGUCAAACUGAAAAAGCAGUGGACACUUUGGAAGAAGCAUUAGUUGUUCGUGGUGACCAGCGGAAGCCAAAUGAGGAAAGUUGGACGGACUCACUGGAAUACUUAAAAGAGAAAGGAGAUUUGGAGGGAGCAGAGAAAAUUAUAAAAUUACUCAGGGACAAGGAUAUUAUCUGUGUGGGUGUCCAAGACAGAUUGUUGAACAAUGUUCGGGUUGGGAAAGCAAACUUAGAUGCAAUCAACUAGUUGAAUGGUGUUUCUUCAAUUUGAAAUUCAUAAGCACUUUCAAAGCCCUGAUGAUGAUGGGAAGUCUUCAAUCAAAGAAGAGGUAAUAUGAUGAGUAUUUAUAUGGAGAUAUUCUGAAACAAUCUGGAAGCAAUGCUAGAUAUCUCAAUGGUGAGAAGAGCUCAAAGGUUUGCUUGGUGGAAUGCCUUCUAUUGAUUGCUAUUUAAUGACAUUUUUUCAUGUCUAUUUGGUGAUAAUAUAAUUAUUAGCCUGUUUAGGGUUCGUAGUCAUAGAUUGGCGGGGAUAACCAUUGCUUGCUAAGACUUUUCCGGUUGAAUCCUUCAAAAUAUAACUGAAUUGAAGAUGAUACUAAAUUUGUAGUAAGAUCAGACUGAAUCAUUUAUAAAUUAAUCUAUUUCAGCA